ACACUCAACUCAACUCAACACAAACGCACAGACACAGCUUUCCUCUUCUUUUCAUAAAUAAACGUAAACGCGUUCAGACUUCCGUGUUCCCGCCGCCUGUUUCAGACCAUUAUCUCUCCCUCUCUCUCUCUCUCCCUCUGAAUGGUCAAUGAGCGAGAGUAAAGGAAGCUCAUAAAUACAGAAAACUCGCAAACAAGAUCAAAUUUUUUUGUCCUUCUUUCUUUUGAAGAAGAAGAAACAGAGCUUCUCUGGCUCUCAGCCUAUCCUAUCAAUGGCCAAGUCAAAGAACAACAACACUAAUAAGCUUUCUUACAUUUCAGUCCCUUCUCAGAUAAUCAAUUCUUUGUCUUCAUCUUCUUUGCAAUCGCUCCUUCUUUCACCUAAGAAAUCUUCAAGGAGUAAAACCAGGUACUUGAGCUGGUUCACCAACUACAGGAGCCCAAAGUUCUGGGUUUUAUUUCUGUUUCUCUUUGGCUUUCUUGGUAUGCUGAAGUUGGGAUUCAACCUUGACCCUUUGAUCCCAUAUUCUCCAUACCCAUGUACCACAAGUCAGUUACAGAACUUGGUCUCUAAUGGGUAUUUAAAAUCACAUAUGGCUAUUGCUUCAAAUGGUGAAAACAGUCACCAAGUUGAGGUUUUCAACAGUGUGAGCCAUUCACAGCCGUUGAUUUCAAAUGUGAAUUUGAAAUCAGAGGUGGGUGUUGAAGAAGCUGAGCAAAGUGAGUUUUGGAAGCAACCGGAUGGUUUGGGGUAUCGGCCGUGCUUGGCCUUGAGCAAUGAGUAUAAGAAAGCUAGUGUAGGUAUUGUGAAGGAUAAGACAAAAUAUCUGAUUGUUGUUGUUUCUGGUGGGAUGAACCAGCAAAGGAAUCAGAUUGUUGAUGCUGUGGUUAUUGCUAGGAUUCUUGGGGCUGCUUUGGUUGUUCCCAUUUUGCAAGUUAAUGUUAUUUGGGGAGAUGAAAGUGAAUUUUCUGAUAUCUUUGAUUUGGAGCACUUCAAGAAAGUUCUUGCCAAUGAUGUUCGUAUAGUUUCUUCACUGCCAUCGACACAUAUAAUGACAAGGCCGGUGGAGGAGAAACGGACUCCCCUUCAUGCCUCACCUAAUUGGAUUCGGUCACGUUAUCUCAAGCGGAUUAAAAGAGAAGGGGUUUUGCUUCUAAGAGGCUUGGAUUCAAGACUCUCUAAGGAUCUUCCAUCUGAUCUUCAAAAACUUCGAUGCAAGGUUGCCUUUCAUGCAUUGAGGUUUGCUCCUCCAAUUUUGGGAAUUGGUAACAAGCUUGCAGAGAGGAUGAGCAGUAAGGGACCUUACCUUGCCCUUCAUCUCAGAAUGGAGAAGGAUGUAUGGGUGAGGACUGGUUGCCUUCCUGGUUUGAGCCCUGAAUAUGAUGAGAUAGUAAACAAUGAGAGGAUACAGCGGCCAGAGCUCCUAACUGGAAGAUCAAACAUGACGUACCAUGAAAGAAAACUUGCAGGUCUCUGCCCCUUGAAUGCCUUGGAGGUGACCAGGUUGCUUAAAGCUCUAGGAGCUCCAAAAAAUGCAAGAAUAUAUUGGGCUGGAGGGCAUCCAUUUGGUGGAAAAGAAGCCUUGCUGCCAUUAACAGGAGAAUUUCCCCAUUUUUACAAUAAGGAAGAUCUUGCUUUGCCUGGUGAACUAGAACCUUUUUCAAAUAGAGCUUCUGUCAUGGCGGCCAUUGAUUAUAUAGUUUCCGAGAAUAGUGAUGUCUUCAUGCCGUCUCAUGGGGGAAAUAUGGGCCAUGCUAUCCAGGGCCACCGUGCCUAUGCUGGCCACAAAAAGUAUAUAACUCCAGACAAAAGGCAUAUGCUUCCAUAUUUUCUGAACUCUUCUCUCCCGGAAGCAGAGUUCAAUAGGAUCAUAAAGGAAUUGCACAAAGAUUCAUUAGGGCAGCCAGACCUCAGGACUAGCAGAGCUGGAAAAGAUGUCACAAAGUAUCCUGUUCCUGAGUGUAUGUGCAAUGAUUCUCGUACUCAUUCGUAUCUUUGAGUUAGCUCUGCAAUGGCCUGCUUCAUUGACAAAUUGAAACUUCUCAGAAAAUCCCUUGAAUUUGAGCCCGCUGGAAAGGGUUUCUUCUGCAGGGCAAUGAUGGUUCUUUGGAUGGCCAGUUUUUAAGAGCAACAGCAUCACACUCAAUUUCUGAGUUUGCUCACAUUUUUUCUUUCACACUCCUUCCUUUGUGGGAACAUUCAAGUGAGGAAGGCAAAUGGAUUCUUCUAAGUCGAUAGAGUAUAUGGUUCUGUGGAAAGAAAAACUCUGUGAAGCUUCCCUGUCCCCUGGAUUUGCUUUGGGACUUUCAUAAGCAGCUGGCAGAAAGCGAAGAAGGUCCCCUAAUUCUUUAAUUCUUUAUAGGAAAUAUUCUUUUAGGAUAGAUUUUCCCCAUUUUGGUUUCGUUCAUUUAUUGUGCUACAUCGGUGUAUUAUAAUUUAUAGAACAAGCAUGUAAAUAAGCAUAUUUCCAGUAAUAAUACAUAUAUAUUUUUUGCAAGCUCCCAUCAUGUUGGAGUUAAACACAUGUUCUGGUUCUUCA